AUGCGCCGGCCCGGACCUCAGCACACAGCCGGAGAGGCCCCCUGCAAGCGCAGGGCCGCCCCGGUGCGGGAGUCCCAGUGGCUGUGCGGUGGCCAUUCUCCAUCCAUAGGACUGUCUCCCUCUUCCGCUGUGGAGUUGGUACCCAUUUUCCCACACGUCUGCCCAUCUGCUCUUCCACCUCCUAUUGGGAAAAGUUGGAUUGACAAAAGGAUACCUAAUUGUAAGAUAUUUUUUAAUAAUUCCUUUGCUCUGGACUCAAUGUGGAUAUAUCCUGAGGAGUCAAUGUUGUUCCAUGGGCAUGAAAAGCCUCAUCUGUUGGCAAAUCAAGUCGCUCUGUCUCUGUCCAGACCAGCUCCUGCCUCCAGGCCUCUUCCCAGUGUGCUGUUAGCGCCUCAGCCAAUAGCAGGUGGUUGUCACAACAGCCUGAAGCCUCUUGGCAGUAGCCCCGGGAUUGCCAUCACUGCCGCGGCCGCCGUGGUGUCUGUGGACCCCGAGGGACUUGGGGGCCCAUCCCCCUCCAGUGUGCAGCCCUGCCACUUCCUGACUUUGGCACCCAUCACGAUACCCCUGAGGACCGCCCCCUUCUCCGAUAAAAGCAGAGAGCGCAGCCGAGCGCCCUGCCCUCCCGCCCUCAUGCUUCACGCCAAGAGGAAGAGCCCGGCCGGGGACGGGGCAGAGAAGGAGCCUCCAUCCAUACUAGUCACAAGAGAGGACAGUGCGGCCGAGGGAGACAGACCCGUGGCCUCCACCCCGGUGCCCGGAUCCCCCUGGUGUGUGGUCUGGACAGGCGAUGACCGGGUUUUCUUCUUCAACCCGACGAUGCAGCUGUCCGUGUGGGAGAAGCCCAUGGACCUGAAAAACCGCGGGGACCUCAACAGGAUCAUCGAGGACCCGCCCCACAAGCGCAAGCUGGAGGCGCCAACAGCCGACCACAGUGAUGGGUCACAGUCUGAGGAUGGCAGGGGAGACCGGAACCUGAGGACCAAGAGGAACAGCCUGGGCUCCAGAGCCCUGAAGGCAUGCACGGAGCCACCAGGGUGCCGGGUGUUGGGCGAGGGCAUGGGUGUGUCAGCGUUUUCUACCUGGGAGAAAGAAUUACAUAAAAUCGUGUUUGAUCCACGCUACCUCCUGCUGAACUCUGAGGAGCGGAAACAGAUAUUUGAACAGUUUGUCAAGACAAGGAUAAAAGAAGAGUACAAGGAAAAGAAAAGCAAACUGCUGCUAGCCAAAGAAGAAUUCAAAAAACUUCUGGAGGAAUCUAAAGUGUCACCCAGGACCACAUUUAAGGAGUUUGCGGAGAAGUAUGGCCGGGAUCAGAGGUUUCGACUUGUUCAAAAAAAGAAGGACCAGGAGCAUUUUUUCAACCAAUUCAUCCUUAUUCUUAAGAAACGGGACAAGGAGAACAGACUCAGGCUACGGAAAAUGAGAUGAGUGUGUAAGGAGUGCAAUAAGACAGGAGCAGAGCGGAGGGGGCGCGGCGAGGGGGUGUGGGUGUCCGCGCGGUCGCCGGGCGGGGACUGCACGCAGUUCUCAGAGGAUUACUGUUUCAUAUUGAAGCUCUCUUUUGUACGAUGUUCCGAGUUUGAUGCAUUUCUAAUUGCCAUGAUAGGUCGCUCCCUUAAUUAUUUUAAUUAUGCAAAUUACUUGUAAUAUAAAUUAUAAAUU